GCCACAAUCUUCGUUUUUUUGGCGUUCCUGGACAGCAGCACUUGCUGCUACUUCGGUCCACCGCCUUUUUGGCAGCUCUCGGAUUUGGCUGGACGGCCAUGCAGAAACUUCCUAUUGGGGUGGCCACAGGCAUUGUCUACAGCAAUCCGGUGCUCAGUGGGUUGCUGGCCAGCUUCAUCCUUCGUCGUGAGAAGCUGUCGAUGGCCUUUGCUUUCCAGGCAAUUGUGUGCCUCACCGGCACAGCCCUGAUCAUCCCGACAGCAGCGAAGGAAGGCGGAGCGGACGCGGAGUCGAGCGAUUACUUCGUGGGGACUGUGGUAGCAGUCAUAAGUGCCUGCCUUCAUGCAGUGUGUCCGUGCGCUGUGCGCAUGAUGGAGGGCGUCCACCCGCUGGAGAUCCAGCUUUUCCAGGAUGCGUUUGCGACGCUGGCUACUAUUCCACUGUCUGUCAUGGCUGGUGGGCCUGCGGUGGAUGUGGAGGUUUGGAGCCAUGUUCAUUUCUCUUACGUGAUCUACUUCACCGCGGCGGGGUUGACAGCCAGCUUUUUGUUCAUCGCUGGCUGGCGGAUGGCUCCUGUCACGAAGGCAUCACUCUUCACCUACGCGGAGAUUCCUACAUCAUUCCUAGUCCAGGUCUACCUGUUCCAAGACAUCCCCGCAGCGAGACAAGUUUUGGGAGCAUCGAUGAUCGUCAUAGCCACAUGCGUGCGACUCCGCAUGGAAGGCCAUGGGUUCAACGACGACAAGGCUGCAGACGAGUUGGUGCCCGAGGAUCACAAAGACGCGGACGACGUGGAAAACGAGCCCCUCCUGUACCAGGAACGGCGGCCAACAUCACAGUCCAUGAGAAGGCAAUGGCAGGACGUGCUGUAUCUGCCUUGA